AGACCCAAAGUGCAAAUACAGGUCGGUCGAUCGCCGCGGCUUCCAUUGGAGAGAAAUACAUGAUACCUCAUCCGUCUGCGAUGCCGAGGCGUUCUGGGAAGUAAGAGGUGCUAUUCACGAUCAACGGACGACGCGAGCCGCCGAACGAAAAUACAGCGCGUACGCCUCCCGUCCGACGACGAUAUUAAUAAUAUACAUAUAAUAUAAUUGUCGUUCAAACGGGUACUAGUCGCAACGUUGUGCCCGAAGACCGUGCAGAACCCGACCAACGUGGACCUGUCAACGUUUUCGUCGUAGUUCCACGUUAUCUCGCCAAUGUUCGAUUCCGAACGUUUUGACCAACGCGUUACGCGCCAAUCGCGUCAGUGGCAUUGAGACGGGAACAGCUGCUGUGCGUGCGGUGUGCAGGCGCCCGGCACCGCGUGCCGGGAGUGGGGGCACGCACUCCGGUAGUGAUCAGCUGAUAAUCAUACUGUUAACACCCAGGCCCUUGUGACUUUCGUUCAGCUGCUGGAUAAAUGGCCGUAUUUCUGUUAAACGAAUGUAAAUUCAACAACUGCGGCCUGUGUUUCAAAAACCUUUACGAUCUCAUACAGCACAUCGAAGACAAUCAUAUAGAUACUGAUCCAAAACCAGUUGAGCUGAUUGAUCGCACUGAACAACAAUGCUUGCCGCUCAGUUGUGUUAUGCGGUUUUUCAGCGAAAAUGUCGACAAAACAGAUAUUGUCGCAGCCGAACCUGUCAUACAGCCCAAAACCAGUAUUUUACCAUCAGCAUCCAACAUAUUUCAUCGACCAUUACGAACUGGAUAUGAAUCUGAUAAAGGAGAAGCUGAAAGUAUCGAUAAUAUAGGUGAUAGCAGUGAUUCAUGGUCUACUACAUCAGAUGCAGUUGAUGAUGCUCAUAAAAACGGUCUCAAUUCACAACAGAAAAUUAAAACUGAACAACCAAUAAGACCUUUUGCUUGCCCAGUUCCUGGUUGUACUAAAAGAUAUAAAAAUGUCAAUGGAAUUAAAUACCAUGUGAAAAAUGGACAUACCAAUGGAAAAAUUCAUAAGAAGUACAAAUGUCACUGUGGAAAAAGUUAUGUAUCUAUUCAAGGACUAAAAUCGCAUGCAAAUGGUAUGCAUGCUGGCACUAAGAUGACAUGGCUAACUAUGCACAAUGGUGAAACUAUUCAAGUACCUGCCACUCCACUUUCUCCAGAUACAGUACCUAUGCGUGCAGUUACAUUGAAACAUGUGCCUCGCACCACAGCAGAUGCAAACUUACCACCCAAAACUUUAGUCAUCACUAAACCUCCUCCGUCCAACAUAGAACUUCCCAUUGUUGAAUCGUAAAAAUAAUGUUGGUGGUUUAAAAAUUGUAUUCCUAUAUAGUUAAAAUUACCAGGAGUUCCAAAUGUCAGUCGUCAUAUUAAAUGUUUUGUCGCUUGAUUAUUAUUAUUAUUAUUUUUUUUUUUUUCAUUGAAAUUUAACUAUUUAGAUCACUAUACUUAUGCAAACGUUGUUAUAAUAAAUUAUAUUGAUUUUUUUUUUUUUUUUUUGUUAAAAACAUAUUUAGUACAGUCUUGUGUAGUUGGAUGAGUUUUUAAACUCGUGUAUUCAUAUAUGUUAUAUGUCAAGAUGUGUAUAGUGUAUGUUACCUUAAAGACUUUUGAUUUCUGUAAAGAGUCAAAAAUUGUUAACAAUGAAGUUAUAUAUUUAAAAUGAAUAAUAAAUAAAAUGUUAAUAUUUU